GUGGUCAUGCCAUGUUCAGCUCAGAGGAACGAUCUUUAGAUGAAGAGACCCUUGAGUAUGCUUGGUUGGUGGAGCUCACCAUCGGAACACUCAAAGGCAAACUUACAACGCCUCAGCUCCAGAACAUCCUUACAGCUUUAGAAGCCUUUUUGCUGACUGUUGAGGACAUGGAGAACAGUCUACGUCAUCCACGACCCUACAUGUUCUGCUAUCAUAAUACCCCACAGCCACAGUGCAUUCAUACCACUGCAGACCACUUUUGUCCUACUACAGAUGCUAUAAAAUACAAGAUGGUACGAGCUUCUGUAGAUGGUCUUAAUUUGAAUUUGGUGGAAUCUGGAACCAUUCUAAGUAUAGAGGUUUAUCCUAUAAGGGUAGCAACAUGCAAUCUUCAUGGUCAGCAUACAAGGUCUGGAAUUACUGCCCAUAUCCAGAACAUAAGUGCACGAAACUACAUCUGUGGUCAGUCUGGCCUAAAAGAGAAUGGAGGACGUAUAGAGGUGGCUUCCACAUGUGGGACUUCCACAAGUGGUGCUGGUGGUGGUGGACUUGGCUUGGCUGAUGUGUAUUCUGAUGUUUGGCUUGAGUCCUCUGCUGUUAUGCUGGGGCCAGUGUAUGUUGAUGCAGCAACCAGUAUGGAUGUCUUACACCAUGACAUGCAGCUUAUCCAACACAAGUUCCUUAAACUGCAUGAUGAAAAGACUAAGCGCCUGUGGUUCCUCUGGGCUCAGGAGACCACCAAGGUAUCUGCACAGGUAUUUGGCAAGUGUGGCUGUGUUGGAGGCUGUGCCUUCUUUGGAAACAACAGGAAUGGAUUGCUGUUCUUCAAGCCAGGAAAGCAAGACUUUUAUAAUGGCUUGAAUAUAGCCCAGUUGAGAGUAAAUGAGAGAACAGAGGACCCUGGUUAUGGCCAAAGUAUUCUUCAGGAAGGUCAGCUUGUAUUUCAGAGUGGAGCAUAUUCUGAGCUUUCUCAGAGCCAGUAUGACUCGCAUGCAACUGCUAGUAAAGAUCACUAUGCUCUCAGCUCUGGCUACAUGAAGAGUGCAUCUCCAGCCACUCCAGCAGAUAUACAUCGCGGAAACAGUGCUCUCCAUCAUAUUUCAGACUUACAUUGUACAGAUAGACUAAAUCCACGACACCAUUACCAGAGGGAAGUCUCAGUUACUAGCCAUGAUUCAGACCACCAUAUAGUAGAUAUGGAGUCCAGGAGCCCCAAGGGAGCUGAUGAAUCCAAGGAUGUGGUUCUGGGUGUACCUGGAGCAUCUCCUGGUAGUCUAUCAGACCUAAGACGGUCUGUGGAUAAUGUGAAUAGUGCAAGGCAAUCAAAGAUGCCUUCUAGUUUGUCCCUGCAAACUGAACUGCCACUGCAUGCAGCCAGUGGUCCCAGGCUGUCAGUGAGUGGAAUGAGAGAGUCAAAUUCAAAGCAGUCACUGUCUAGUCAGCAGAGUCUUUUGACUAGUGUGCAAAGGACCAUCUCUAUUGGUAGUGAAACACAGUCAGAAGCUUUCUUUUCAGCCAAUGAAGACCAAAUGACUGUCAUUGGAAAUGGAGAAGGAACAUUGUCAAGAGUAUCAUCGCAACUGAGCCUGCAGCCAGUACUGGAAGAUCAGCAUUCACAGAUAAGGACUGAUCUCUCCAGUGAGACAUCAACACCUCCAACCCCACAUCAUGAUCCCAGUAAACUUACCAUCAGUUCUGGAAGUUAUCAUAGUACUGAGGAAGGCUACAAAAACCAAUCAUCUUCCUGUAGUAGAAGUAGACAUGAUAGUAGCAGAAGCACAAGCAGCUGUAGUAGCAGUGGUCACAGUCCAUGUUUAGACCACAGCCAAGCAUCCCUCCUGCAUUCACUUGGCUCUGAGUCUUCGAGAGGAUCUGAAUACCACCAACCGAAGAGAUCCAGAAAGAAGAGGGAGAGGAUUCAGGCAUCACUGGACUGCAGUGGAGAUAGCAGUUCUGAGGUUGGAAGUGUAUCUAGCACGUCCUUCAUAUCUGCAGUUUCAUCUCAAGAGGACAUUGCCCUUGUAGAUCUUCACAUGCAACUCAACAAACCAAUUACUGACUCUCCACUUCUCAUGUCUUCCUAUAUUAACCACAUGACUCAACUUCGAUGUUUGAACUGGGACACCCCGAUGCCAAGCUUCAAGGCCUGCAAUUGUGGAGCUCCAGAGUGUCACAUUCCAGUCUUUGAGAAAAUAAGUGAAGGCUUCACAGCUAUCAGGAUGGUUGACAGUGGAAGAUUGGCCCCCCCAAGGUCUCCUCCACCUGCAUCAGGUCGCACACCAUCACACCCUUAUACCUGGGAUACUCCAAUAUUCACAUGGGGAGAUGCACAGGAUGAGAUGGGCCAUGAGGAUUCACAGGAUGUGGUUGGUGGGGUAUGCGAUGCUAAUACUACACGUACCACUGUGGUAGUGAAGCUGAAGAAGGAUAUAGACAUAACACUUUCUCCAAUGGCCCUAGAAUCUGCCCAACUAUUUAUUGAGGCUCUUACACCAGUGAUGGAGCAGCUGCAUCCCAUGUCAAUUAUCAACCGUGCACACAUGAAGUCAUUGUCUGCAGUUGCGGGGCAGAAUACCCUCAAAAAGGAACGUUACAUGUACUGGUCUCGGCUUAGAGAUAAAAAAGUAGCAGGAACACCCGAACAAUCGGCAGUCCUAAGCACAACCUACCAGGAGAGUUGUUUCAAGCAAAUGCAGGGACAAGUCACAGUGCCAAGGGUGAACAUUACACUACUGCAAGCGUCCGUGGUAGAGGAAGUUAUAUCAUUCUCCGCCCUUGAUAACAUACGGGACUUGACAUGUGUGUCUUUAUUCUCCGUGUGCCUGGAUAAUGUUAGCCUUCAGUUUUAUUCUGGACACCAGUCAAAAAAGUCAGUCCAUAUGUACAUGAGGAAUCCGCAUGAUCCAGUUAUGCAAAAGAAGGGAAAAGGUAAAGCAAGACAUGCAGUUGAUUUACUAGCAGAACCAGUUUACAUUGAGACUUCUGAGAAACAACAGGAGGAAAAUAUGAUGUCUGUUGAUGUGAACAAGAUGCAUGUCCAGCUGAGGCGCCUCAAGAAUGAAAGUGUUUUGCUAAAGGAUGCUAGCAUAACAGCAGUACCAAACCACAGAUCUAAAGUAUUGUUUACCUUCAAGCGCUGCGCUCGUGUGAACAGCGAGGAAGGAGACAUUGGAGGCUCAGCAGGAACCCCAGUUAUGGAAGAUGACAGAAUGGGUUUCAUUAUGUUUGAGGCAGGCUUGGAGAAUGUUGCAUUAAGAGCUGUAAAGAGAAAAGGCUUUGGCCAGCAGCCUGAAGGUGGGAAGCUUGAUGGUACUACAGCAGGAGGAAACAAUGGAGCAACUACGUCAGCAUUUAGUGGCGCUGGUCAGAGCUCAAGCUCUGCACCAGGGACUGCCACAAAUGAGCCUACAAAGACAGGACCUGAGAUCCGCAAGGACUUUUCUGAACGACUAGGAUCGUCCUCUGUCUCUCAGAUGUCUAACAUGUCAAGCCAUUCUGGAGUCCCCCAUUCCAAUUCAUCUGCUGCAAAUGAAAGUGUGAAAGAUUUACCAGUAGUACAGACCAAAGACAAACGUGAUAUUACAUCUUUCAUGGUGGAAUUGAGGACUGUUUGGUUCAAUUUUGCUGCCCCUCCUCACACUCCUUUCACUAAGAAAAUUGAUUUCACAAGACUGGACUGGAAUUUGCUUAGUACAGCAUCUCCCUCAAUCAAUGCCUGGAUGAACCCAAGUGACCGACUCACUGUUGCAGUCAUCCAGUUCCUGCAUGCCUCAGAGAUUCGCAGACUGGGGGUCAUGGCCUCCCUUAUGGCAGAAGCUCUUGAUGUGCAGAGUCUGCAUGUACCUGUCAAGAAUAAGUAUGUCAAGCUGAUGCCCCUUAGUCAAACUCUCCAAGAAGAUCCUUCUUGUCAGUUGUGCACAGUGUUGCGUCGUUAUGUUCUGCAGUCAUCUUCACGCACCAUUGAGAGCAACUUAACACCACAACAUCUUCCCAAGCUUGCUACUCUGAGACAGGGUGUAGUGGUACUAAGUCGGCAGUGGAAGAAUGCAUUGUAUAUGCCACUGUUGAUGGAACAAACAUUUAGAAACAAGCAAGCACGGCCAACAUUUAAUUACAGGUCAAAUGCAGCACCAGAGGGUCGAGCAACACCAAAGUUUGAUCCGACCCUAAUAGCAACUGAAGUAACAGAUGAGAAAACAACGCUUCUUGAGGCUGAAGGAGGGUCACUACACUCCCGACAAGCGCAGGAUUCAGAUGGGAGUGGCACUCUUGGAGGUGAAGAUGUCACUGAGGGAGUACUGAGUUCCAGCUCGACCCAGCUCCCUCCCAGACGCUCUCUCCCAUCCUACCCACCUCGCUCUUCAAGGGCAUCAGUCAUUCUGCCUGUUUUCAACACCAACUUCGAAUCCCCUGCUAGAUUCCAGUUUCCAAAAAUUGGAGCAGGCAUUGGUGGACACCUGGGAUUUUUGCGCGGAGGUAACCAGGCUCGUGGUGGAGCAGCAGAUGAUCGCAGUAGGGGCAGCCACACCUCUGGUUCAGAUCAAAUUUCCUCAUCUAGUUGUGAAGGUGUUGGGGGAUCAGGCAUGGGAACACCGAGUCGGCCUCCCACAGUGGGUUGCGAGAAAGAUCAUGACGAUCUUUACAAUUGGAUGGUGCGGCAGCAGGAGUACACCCAUGCCAAUGAUGGUACUAAGCCCACUGUGACUUUUCCUCAUCAAAGUGGCCUUCAUACAGUAAAUGAAGGAGGCAGUGAUCGCCGUGAGCAUCAUCCUAUUAAGGACUCAAAUAUAAUGCCUGAGCCUCAGGGUGCCCACUUCCUUGAGGCUCAUGUGAUCUUUGAACCAUUGCUCUCUGCAAUUGGUGUAAUAACACAACAGGUAACAGGAGGAGCCCUCGAGCAGCUGGGAUCAAACGUUUCCAUCACUGCGAGUGUUGAGACUCUCCGCGUGGACAUCAUUGAAUCUGAAGCUUCCAAACUAAACAAGAAGAAGCGCAAAACUGGCCUUCAUCCAGGUAACACACCUGCAACAUCAGGGGACAACUCAGAGGUUCCUGGUAAAUUCUUCCUGGAUAUUGGCAGUGAAGUCCCAGCUUUCCUAUGUGAACGUGUUGGACUUGAGAUAGAUGUCAGCAAAGUAGCCGAUGAUUCUCGAGAAUGGGUCACUCACCAGCCAACACUUUUUGUUUCAAGAAGUGCCCUGAAACAACACACCUCAACCAUGGUUCACUUCUCUCUGAAUAUCCAUUAUAUUGCUCAGCAGGUCAAUAUGCCCCUUCUAAGACUACUACACCAAAUUAGUUCAAUGUAUCAGAAUGCCAGAGAAACGCAGUUGGGAUUGCGGGAACAGAGACCAACUCGCACUAAGGACACCAAUUUACCUCCACAUCACAAAGAUGGUUCUUAUUCAGAACUACAUGAGGGAGAAUAUAAGGGAGCAGAAUAUAGCAUCAGCAUCAGUGAGGAGCAGGCUACUGUGUCAUCAUUAGCUGGCAUAAAGGGUCCACGGGGGUCAGUUGUCUCAUCCCUCUCUGCACGCAUAUCCCCACAACCUCCAACCUCUCGAGUCAUGAGACCACAGAGUUUUGCGCAGAGGUUCCGAUCCUCUACAAAAAUGAGCAAAGGUUAUACCAAUCUUGGGGCUGAGCGUGGCACAGGCAGCCCACUCUUCAGUAUCAGUGUAAGUGGCUCUGGUCUGGAGGGAGCCACCAUCUGCUCUUCAGACAAGUCGCCCUUGCUUGGACCUGCUGAGGCUCCAACACCCAUCCCAGCAGCCUCUGCAACUCCCAAGUGCUGGAGGAAUAUAUAUUAUCUUCUGGAUCUGUACACCACCACUCCAGAAACAAAGACAGUACAGCAAAGGACAUCAGUAGCAGGAGAUGCAUCAGAGGGGUACAAAGGCAGCCGCAAAUAUGAUAUUCUCAAAGAGAGUAAGCAGGUUGAUGUAGAGGCUGGAAUCACCAGCUCAGUCAGUGCUCCACCCCUUGUUGCUGAGAAAACAAAAGAUAUUGGCCUGAUAUCAGGAGAACGGACACCUCUUGUAGUGUUUGGAUUAGCUAAGAUUCAGCGAACCAAGCUGCUUGCUACACUCAGUGGUCUAAAGCUUGAAGCUGAAAUGAAUGCUGUUCAUUCAUCUCUUACUUUCAGAGAAAAAGUAAGAGGAGCUCGAACGCAGAUAAGAUCUACCCAGCGCACAACCUCAGAGCUCUCGCACACAGGCCAUAUUGGAAGCACUAUGAUCGUGCUCUUGGAAGGCAUUGCUCCGAAUCAGCAGACUGUUGUGAGAGUAACUAUUGGGAAGAGCCAAGGACUCUACUCAAGCCUUUCUCGCAAAACCAAAGACAAAAAUUCUGCCCUCAUCACCAUUGGCGAAGUUCAUGUCGACAUUCCUCAGCAUCCUGUGAUUCUGCAUGACAUGAUGACACGUGGAACGAAGCAGCUCUCAAGUACUUUGAUGGAACUGCGAGUUGCUCGUCCCAGUGCCCGAUUAAGCCGAGGAGCCACGGUUGACGAACCAGAUGUGACAGCUUCCCCACGGCCACCACAAGAACCUCCAGGCCCUCAGGAACCAUCACCCCCAGAUUCAUUGCUGCAUCCACUUGUGAUACAGUUCUCCAUUCUACUUCAGAGUCUUAGUAUCCAAGCAGCUUUGUUGCCAUCUCUGCAGGCACAGUAUCGAAUGGAACAAGUCUCUAGUUUAGGAAUAACUGGUUCAAAGGCCAAGUUCACCGUACAUCUCCCCACACACCACCUGUCAUUUUCGACAAGGCUGCAGGGAUUGCCAAGUGAAACUCACCUACCAUCAUCAGCCAGUAUCCAGCUACCACAAGUACAUGUUGAGGCAGAGUUUAUUCAGGAUGAUGACAGGCAUAGUGACCAACAUGCAGCAGCAGAUGGGAUGGUGUUGCGCGAGGGCAGCUACCUUAGUGCUGUGGCAGAAAUUGGUGCUCUGGAGCACAGCCUGACCACAGACCUGCUGAAUCACCUGGUCUUUGUGCAGAAAGUGUUCAUGAAGGAAGUUAAUGAAGUUGUGCAGAAAAUGGCUGGAGGAGACAAACCAGUGCCUCUGUGGACUGAGGAGGGACCAAGCCAUGUCACUCAACCUCGUCGCUUGCUCUUCACUCUGCAGCUGCGACUGAAAGGUAUCAUCAUCACAGCAACAACUCCAACUCAGUCUGCUGUGAGGUUGGAAACAGGAGUCGUUGAAUUGCAACUGAGCAAUCGAGUGGAGAACAUCAGCCGUCCAAGCCACACAUUCUCUGAUCCAUCGCAGCCUAUGAAGAUUUUUGGAAAGGCUCAGGUGGACAUCAAUUUAGCUCUGGGCCAACUCCUAAGGAAUGACAUGUUUGAAGAAGCUGAGCCGGAGUUCCAACAAUUGGCAUUCUUCCGCACCAGAAUUUAUUUAAGGAAUGCUCUUUAUAAUGAGAUGAUGAGCGUAGGUGACGAUGGUGAAGUUGUGCUCAUUACCCUCACACGACCUCUAGUGUGUGUUCAGCCUCUUGCUGUGGACAGGGCUGUCCUUGUUUGGCUGAAUUACAAGAAUGCCUAUGAAUAUUGGAGUGAACAACGCGCUUCUCUCAAUAAGGAAGUGUUGACAGCUACACAGCAAGUCUUUGAGAAAGUUCCUCAGUUUUCGUCCCUCUCAUCAGCAGCUCACAUAAAGAACAAUGUUUAUCUACAGCUGACAGUAGAUGACAUUGGUAUAUGCCUUCCACUUAACCCAUGUCGCACUGUAAGCCAUCAGGUUGAUUCAACAGAGACACGAGAUGCUCUUGUGGUGACACUUGAAAGCACUAUCAUAUCUGCCUGUAACUCUGGCUCUCUGGUAUGUAAGGCUCGCUUCAAAGGAUUUUGCAUGCGGUUUGCACCAGAGUUUGAGACAAGCCUUGAUGACUGGAAGCCUGAUUUCAAGGACCCAACAAUCAACUUGUGUACUGUAUCUGAGGGCACAUAUGAAGUGUGCAGCCGUACUGUUGCAGGACACCCAGAAAAAGCAGAGAAUGCUAAGUGGCUUCUGAAUGUCAUGUGGCAGAUGGAAGGAGUUGACCUUCAUCUAGAUGUCAACAUUGGGAAACAUUUGAGUGCCUUGGCUCGCACACUAACCAUGUUGACAGGUGCCCCAGACACAGCCAUACCCCAAUCUAGUUAUGAUUCUGAUGAUGAUGAUGACCACACUGACCAUUCUUCUUCACAGCAAGAAUCAGCUUCAGGAAGAAGACAGAUAGCACUUAAUGAAAGCCUCCCAGCUUUCAUAUUUGAUCCUAACCUCGAUGCCAGACAGCGAGCCAAGCUUCUGGAGAUAGAAAUGAAUGAACAGGCGAAGACUGUCAAUGAUUUGAAGAUGUUAGGUGCUUCAGCCUCUACCAUCGAGCAAGAAAUGCGACGCCUUCAGGAUCUGGAAGCAGUUGUCUUCCAUGACUUCCGUCGUGAUGUGAUCAAGAAGCUACGCAGACAGAGUGUUAAGGCAACCUCAAUGAAGGACCGCCUUGGCCUGGGCCCCAAGUCUCAUCUUAGGUCCAAGAGCUUCAAGGUGCCCUCACCAACCAUCGAAGUUAAGGAACCUGUGCACUGUGGAAGUCGGGGGAGCAUUGACCAAGCUUCCAUUAGUGUAGACAGCUCUCCCUGCCACACUGCUUCCACUAAUGACCCUGCAGCUCAGAAAGUAAAAUUUGUUGAAGGAUCGACUAUUGGGCGGCACUUGUCGUUCACGAGUGGCUCAUCAGACUCUUACCCCACGGAUGAAAUUGACAACUCUGAUGUGUUCCUGUCAACACCAGGGCAUGGCAGAACCCCAACACCUACAAAUGUAUCUGAUACAGAAACAGAAACUAUCACUAUCACUAACUUCAGCAGCAGUGACAAUGUAGGCAGCAUGGAGAGCAAGAGCUGUGGGGGUCUGAGUGCACUGGUGACCAUGCUGGACCAGGAAGGGGGACAGACUGCAGAAGCCGGUGAAGGGAGAGGCAUCACCCACGACGAAGGGGGUGGCACCGGCAGCACUCCGGGAACUGGUACAGCACCCUUGUCUGGUCAUUCAAGCAGUCACAGCUCAGGCCCUAUUACUCCAGGGGGACUAGGAUCAAGUAGUUCAGGCACUGUUAAACCACAGGACCCAAGUAUAGACCUGGAGCUGGAUGUGAGAGUAUGCAUUAGUUCUGGAAUGUGCAAUCUUUAUACACGUUGCAUCUCAAGAGAAGAAGAAAAAAGGAUGAAAAAAGAAAGAAGUUUUUCUGGUGGUAUAUCUGAAACCCCAGGAAGUCCUGGAUCAGUUCGCAAAAAGAAUGAAGGUCGACCCAAUAUCUCUUCAAACAAACUGCGUGCUCCUCCUCCACCAUCGCUUUCAGUAUCAGCUGACACAGUGUUCUACAUUCCUGGACUGGAUGUGAAGGUACAUUAUGAGUCACACAACAUUCAUGAAGAGACACCAGUAGGAAGUGGUGGAGGCCUCAGUGAAGGCGCAGGGUGGUCACCAGCUGGAGUAGCAGGCUGUGGUGGGAGCCAAGGGGGAAGUACAUCAAGGAAGAGUGCUGUGGGGGCAAGUGGCAUGAAGAGAGCUUCUCUCUUUACUUGGCUUACCUUACAGAGUAUACAAAGAGAGACAACAGUGAGCCCGAACAUUUUGGAAUUUUUGGAGCUAGCUCUGGAGCCAUUACCUUUACCUGAGCCUCAACACAAAUCACCUGUUGCAUCUCAAGAACCUGAGCCAGUGUACAAUGUAGAAGUGGAGGCAACAACAGCAGGUGGAGGUGGAGGUGUUCCCUACGUUUAUGCUUCAUUCCCUGUAGAUGUGGUUGUCUACUUCCACAUGCAGCCAUCAACAAUCAGAUUUUCUUGUCAACCUGUAUCUCGUGUGGAAUGUCUUCUGCAGCUUCCAUCCCUGAACUUGGUGUUUUCUUCAAAGAGAGCUGAGGAUGGCACAAUGACUGGAUUGGACAGCAAACUGCAAGCAACCAUCGGAGGGCUGAGUGUCACAGGAGUCCUGGAAGACUUUUCCCUUUAUGUCUUCCAUCCUUAUGGAGGGAAGCAGCGUGGGGCAACUGGUGCUCCCUAUCUGGCGACAUCUCCCCUGGCUGCACUCACUGACAGUGAACGAAAGGACUCCCUCAGUGUCAUGGUGGAAUUUGUGAAGUUCCACAUUUCAAGAUCACGCAAGAUAAAUUUCAAGCCAGAGACAAAUACCAAAUUGAAAUCUGCGAACACUCUUGAUUCUGCCAAGGCCAUUAUCAGAUUCUCAACAAUCAUAGAUAUUGGGGCAGCGCACUUCAAAUAUGACAUGCGUAGGCUGACAGAGAUCCUGGCCUUCCCACGGGCAUGGUACAGGAGGUCUAUUGUAAGGAGGCUAUUUCUUGGAGAUUUUACUGGAGGUGCAGUCUCCAGUGAGUGGGAUGAGACAAGUCCAGCUACAGCAGCAGACUCUCCAGGAAACCACAAUGUUCCCCCAAAGCGUCACUCCUCCAGCUCGGCUGAGGGUACUGAUCUGAACCGUCGUGAUAACGGUAGCAUAAGCAGUGGCAGUGGAGGAAGCCAACAGACACCUACCACCUCAAGCCAGCCACAUGGUACUGCUGGGGCUGGCAGUCGGGCCAGGGACAAGCUAAGGCUCAAUUUUGAUUCUGAUAUUAACAUUAGAAAAAGCCCAAAAUUGUCGGCAGGAAAGAAGGAAGGAAUAAAUGACAAGGAAAAUGACAUAGGUAAUGGGAAUGUUCCCGGAGAAGCCACAGAUAGCAAAGCUGAAACCAGGUCAGGAGAGGACACAGAAGCCACAGGGACGACACAAGGGAUGAACAAGUCUGGCUCCUGGGAGACUCUGGUUCUCUUUGCUGUGAAUUUUACACGGCUUGGAGUACAGAUGAAUAUGGGGAAUGUCAUGGGAAAUGUCGUAUGGACAACCAAAGACUUCAAGGCAGAUGGAAGACUCUCCAUAGGCAGCACUGGGCACAAGAACAUGUAUAUUGGUCUUGGUCUCGGUGGCUCGGGCCUGGAUGCUAAGGGUGGAAUAGUUGGUGGCAUUAUUGAACUCUCAGAAAUCAAUAUGUACUUAAAAAUAAGGGAAGAUCCAGGUAUGGAGCCAGACCACACCAUCGGAGUAAAGCUGUUUGCAUCACAGUCCCGUCUGGAUUACAUGGGCACCAGUGUGCUGAUGGGGCGAGUGUCAUCCUUUGGGGUCACAUUACGGGAUGAGUGGAAGCUGAAGCAGUGUGCUGAAGGGGAUGAGGAUACCACUCGAAGAGGGGCAACCAUCUUCAUCCUUGGAGACUUAGAGUGGGAUCAGCUGCAAUUGAUCAUCAGUAAAUCCACCACAGCUGACUUGCUGAAAAUGCAUCAUAAACUGGAUGAAUUCUUUUCACAGCAGUUCAAGUCCAGCAAACGUGUCUUUUCAUCUCUCCAACCAACAAGACACAAGUCUUCAGUGAAGCACAGGCAUAAGGAUGGGAACCGAAAAAUGGCUAAUGUUCUAGGAAUGCCAAGCGGUCAGGAUGCACGCCAUCAUAGACACUGGCAGGGAGUCCUACACAGAGUGUCUGGGCUGAGACUAACUACUCUGCCACUGCCUUUGCCAGACUCAGGAACUGUCCUGGGAGGGUCUUUGGAGCUGCAUGGGAAAACCAUAUCCCUUGCUUGCUUCCAUGGGUUAAAUUUCAAAAGCAAAUCAUGGGCUUUGUUCAGCCUUCAGGAACCAUAUAUCAACUUUACCUCUGAAGUUCAGGAAGUGCCUGGAGACCCACCACGUGAUACACACAUUGUACAGAAUCUGACAUUCAGCUUAGGAGUCAUGGAGCAGACUCAUGCUCAGCAUGUCUCCAUGGCAACAGUUUGUCGCAUAACUAGGAAUAUGGUGUUCCCUCCUCAAUUCCGCACAAUACAGGAAUGGUUCCACUAUGCAUUCUGUACUUCUGAACUAGACAAUGUGGACCGUUUCCCAUCUCUUGAUCGAAGUGAUAGUUUACCAUCCUCUUCAACUGAGGGAAAACGAGCCUCCACACGACUCCAAGAUCACAACCACUCCUCAGAGACUGUGUUUGCUUUACCGUCAAUGCAAAUUCAUCUCACAACCAAACAUUUACAGACAGCUACCACACCAGACUUUAUGGAUGAAAAACCAAAGGUGGAGUGUUCUCUUGUGACUGAAUUCCAGGACCACAUUUUUGUUGCUGUUGAUGCUGAGAAUUUCUUCUUUUUACAUGAUCUCAUUUCAUCAUAUGUUAAGGACACUAAAGAGAAAAUGGCAAGGAAAACAAAAGUGGGAGCAGAGCCAGAGAGCAAAGACAACGGGGACAAGAAACCCAAAGUUGUACGAGUCAACGAGCCCACGCAGCUCCUGCAGCAGGAUUGGAGGGAGUUUACUUGUGGCACGUGGCAUCUGGAGCCCACGGUCAGACUGCUGUCAUGGGCCACAAAGAAUCUGGAACCUUAUGGAGUAGACUACAUCCUGCAGAAACUGGGAUUCAGUCACGCAAGAACCACAAUACCCAAGUGGCUCCAGCGAGGAUGCAUGGAUCCUCUGGACAAAGUCUUGUCAGUUCUCAUGUUCCGCAUGAUAGCUGCCAUAUACGAUCAUGAUAGUGCCAAUAAAUGAUAAUUUGCAGUGUGAACAUUGCCAAGAUUCUCUCUCUUUUUUUUUUGUAAAAUGUUUGCAGAUGCUAUGAUCAAGCUCGGUGGUUUCUGUAGGAGAAAAAGUAUGAUAUGGAAUACUCUGUUUCUAUUGUUGUAUAAUGAUUUUUAGAUUAUGUGUUUAUGGAAUACAUGAAAGUAAAAAAUUCAUAGAUAAAGAUGGAUAACAGUGGAAGUAACCUAAAGACAAAACAGUUUAUCAGUAGUACCUUUGAGAUUUUAUAAAGUAUAAAGGUAAUAUAAUUGCAUAGGUGCAGCACACUGCAAUAAAGCCAUUUCUUUUUGUGGAGUUGUGAACACAGACAUGUUAGUGCAAUGAAUAACUGAAUUAAAUACUAAUGAGUGUUAGACCAAAUGCAGACUUGAAGGAUGAGUCACUUUAUUGAUGUAAAAAUUUUAAUAUAUAUGGUUAUAUAUGUGCAUAUAUGUGUGUGUGUGUGUGUGUGUGUGUGUGUGUGUGUGUGUGUGUGUGUGUGUGUGUGUGUGUGUGUGUGUGUGUGUGUGUGUGUGUGUGUGUGUGUGUACAUGUGCAUGUGUGUGUGUGCACGUGUGUGUGUGUGCACAUGUGCGUGAGCAUGUAUGUGUGUACCUGUACCUGUACCUGUACACGUUUGUUUGUUUAUUUGUUUUGUGUUUGUUUGGGAGAGAGAAAAAAAUAGAGUGAUUGUCUGUAUGUGCAUAUGUGUAUGUGUGGGAUAUAUACAUAUUUAUUGCAACAUUCAGAAAUAGACAGUAGACUGGAUAAACAGACAUAUGGUCACUUGCCACAUACAACUAGUCGUUUAAGCCAAGGUGUAGAGGCAGGGGUGUUUUCACAUGCAGCUGCCAGGAAUGGAAAGUGAGUGAUUGCAUAGUUGUUGCAAGCCUUCCUGUAUACAAACUGCAUUAUUAUCAUAUGUUUUAAAAAGACAUAAUACUGCUCAUUAUAUUUUGAUACAAUAUUAGCCAAUAUCCUGUAUGAUGUGAGGCAAGUAUGUAUAGCAUGUUAUUUUAUACAGUAUUAUUUUGUAUAACAUAUCAACAUGUGAUGUGAUUAUUAUAUAUAAUUUUGUUAUAGAUUUGGAACAUCACCAUGUAUGUUUCAAAAUAUAGACCCUGUCAUAAUACAUACAGCUAACAGUUAACAUACAGGAAGUAUUGCAGCUGAAUUUGACAAUGCAGUUUUUCAUCUUCUCCAGUUGUCAGUGAAAACACUUCAUGUUUUUGAACCUUGACUCAAGUUUUAAUUUAUGUUACAAAGAUUUUGCCAUUUAUUUUCAUUUGUUCUCAAGAUUAAUCUGUGAUAGGUCCUACUUCAGAAAUGAUUUGCUUCAUCAAAAUGUGCUUUCUUUUCCCUGUGCAUCGGAACAGUGUCCUUUUUAUUAACAGUGCAAAAACAUUUUUUUUAUUUAGGAUGACUUCUUAGUCUUAUAUUCCUUUUGUUUAUAUAUUAAUGAAAAUUCCAGGUAAUAAAUAUCAUGAAUUGUUCUUUUAAUAAUUUUAUUGAAUAUUAUGAUAGAUAUGUAAUAAUUUGCCAGUGCUAUGAAAUUAAGUAAGGAAAUUGAAAACUAUGAUCUUGUGAUAUUAGUGGUUAUGAAAUUUCUUUGGUAUGAUAUCAUAGUUAUAAAAUUAAAAACCUUGUGUUCUUAGAUUUAUUUUGUUAUGUAAUAAAUAGUAAGGAUAUAAGAAUGU